CUCACUCUGGGCUCCGGCGGCGAGUGCACAGCACAGCGUCCGCUGCCCUUGUCGGGGCGGGCCUGUCGCUUCCCACGCAUCUCUCCUGGCCCCUGCAGUAGAACCCCCGAGCAGAGCAUUGCCCGGUGUCUCCGCCCCGCUUCCGCGGCCUGCGUUACCGCCUAGGCUCUGCGGCUGCAGAAGCUGCGGCAGCUGGGUUGCAGUCUGCGCUCUGCGGCUCGGAUAGGAGGGCACUGUCGCGGCGUCCUAUCCGCGCUCCCUUCCGGAUCCCCGCCCCUCGAUCGCACCUCCCCCAGUGCUGAGAGUAGCACCUCGAGCUCUGCAGCAGCAACAGCGAGUUCUGGAUUGCCUGUGGGAGGCACACCCACCUUGCCCGGCCGCACCCCUGCGCAGCAGCAGCAUGUCCGCGCUCGAGUGGUAUGCCCACAAGUCUCUGGGCGAUGGCAUCUUCUGGAUUCAAGAACGGUUCUACGAGUCAGGCAACCGGGCCAACAUUUGGCUGGUGCGCGGCUCGGAGCAGGACGUGGUGAUCGACACGGGCCUGGGGCUGCGCAGCCUCCCGGAGUACCUCUACUCCUCGGGCCUCUUGCAGGAUUGCGGGUCCAAAGAGGAUGCAGGGCGCAGGCCGCUCCUGGCCGUGGCCACCCACGUGCACUUUGAUCACUCCGGCGGUCUCUAUCAGUUCGACCAGGUGGCUGUGCACCGCGCCGAGGCCGAGGCCCUGGCUCGCGGGGACAACUUUGAGACCGUGACCUGGCUCUCUGACAGCGAGGUGGUGCGGGCGCCUAGCCCUGGCUGGAGGGCCAGGCAGUUCCGAGUGCAGGCAGUGCAACCCACCCUCAUUCUGCAGGAUGGGGAUGUAAUCAACCUUGGUGACAGACAGCUCACGGUUAUGCACAUGCCAGGCCACUCCAGAGGCAGUAUUUGCUUACAUGAUAAAGACCGCAAGGUACUCUUCAGUGGUGACGUCGUGUAUGAUGGAUCACUGAUUGACUGGCUCCCAUACAGCAGGAUCAGUGACUAUGUUGGAACUUGUGAACGUCUCAUAGAGUUGGUGGACAGAGGCCUUGUGGAGAAGGUACUUCCUGGGCACUUCAAUACCUUUGGUGCAGAAAGGCUGUUUCGUUUAGCCUCUAACUAUAUUUCAAAAGCUGGGAUAUGCCACAAAGUGUCUACUUUUGCCAUGAGGUCUCUUGCAAGUUUAGCUCUCCGUGUAACAAAUCCUAGGACCUCACCCUAGUAUCUUCACUGGUCAUUUGUUUGUAUUAACUGUGUAAAUUAACCUAGUUCCCCUGUGUUGUUGGAAACAGUUACUAGUGAGCAUUUCAAAAAGUGCUUUAAGAUCACCAUUGUAUAUUAGAGAAAAAGAAGAUUAAGGAGGAAGCCAAAAAAAAAAAAAAAAAAGGAAAAAAAGCAGAGUCUUAGCUUAGUAUCUUUUUCUUUUCUCCAAGGAAGAAGCCACUUAAAUAAGCUUGUAAUUGGCCAGUGCUGUCAUUUCAGAGUGUGCAUCCUGGCGAUGCUGUGGGGUGCUCCAGGCAUCAAGGAGCUCAAAGAACUGCCCUUGUCUCAUAGUUUGCUUCCCUAGAUACUGAGGGGGAAAUUGUAUGGGGUUCUAUGCUUGCACUUUACAUUUGAUUUUUAUCUCCCUCUUUUAUUUAAAGGUAAAGUUUCUUGGAUUCAAAAAUAAAGUAGAACUCAACAUAAACUAGCAUUUAGAAUGACAGCUAAAACAGCUCAUAUUUGUGAUCCUGGAUUUUAUGCCUCCUUUUUUAUUUAGUUUCUAAUUCUUUGUCUAAGGCUUAUAACAUACUAUAUAAUUGAGCGUAUGAACAGUACAAUGGAUUUUUGUCUUACUGCAAAGCUUUAAAUGUAAAUUGCAGAGCACUUCAGUAAAAAGCUACUGUUUGUUGUUAUUGUGUAAGUAAUAUUUUUAGUCAGGAAAGUGAAAUUCAAAUGUGUAUUACUAACUAUAAAUUGUCAGCUUUCUUAAAAGGACACUGUCAGGCAAAUUUGAAAAUAAACACAUUGAGAAUAAUUUUUUAUUAUAUCCUAUUUUAGUAUUAAUAGAUACUAUAAACAAAAUUUUUUCUGGUUAAAUAGCAAUUUCAGUAUUGUGUCAUGUUUUACAGUACCAAAACAACUCCUGAUAUCUUUGACAUCUUGAUGUAAACAAUUCUUUUAAUUAAUAUAACAUGUAUAUGUACCACAGAAGAAUAUUUAAAUUUAUUGCAAUAUAUGUAUUAUCUAUUAACUAGAGCAAAUGGCCUUCUUAUCCUGAUUCACAACACCUGUUCCUGUUCCGUAUUCUUUGUCUUAAACAAAACCAAGUCUAUGUUCAUAUGUCAUAGAAAAUUAUUAAGCCACUAUUCAGUGAUAUUAGGUAAAAUGUUUGGGUUUGGUGCUUUUAAUAAUAAUAAUUUAUCAAAAAGCUUUUGGAAUAUUUCAUAAAACUUUUUAAAACUGUUUCCCACUACUUUUUUAUUAUUGAUGUUUUAUUAUUGACAUUGUAGACCAAACAGACCUACUUUUGGAAAUCAGAUCACUUCGUACCAGCAGUCCUUGUUUCUGUCAAGUUCUGUAACUUUUUUCUCUGCAAACACCCAGGUUCUUUAGGUUUUUAUUCAUUUAGUAGACACACAUGCAGGCAUGCAUGUGCACAUAUACACACACACACACACAGACACAAGCAUGCCACAUUUACACAUAGGUACACAGUACUGUGCUAAACAAUGCAGGAUGUUUGAAAGUGAAAGAACUCAUUAAUUAUAGCUAGAAGUUAAGGCCACAAAACCCAAAAAAUAUAUAUGCAAGCUGACAUUAGUAAAUGUAAUGCUUCAAUGUAAGGAUACAAGGAAGGGUGUGAAGUUGGUAAGGGCGGAUUCCCUGGAAGAGGGAAGUUUUUGAGUCAGAUUUGGAGGGAGGCUGGGAAAUAAAGAUGUGAGCCUAUGUUUUCAGGAAUUGCUAGAUGGACUAGCAUGUUCCCUGUGACCAUAUAAAUUUAAUUUUCUGGAAUGCCAUUUCUUCCAAGUAUCAUAUGCUUAACAUGAAAAAGACGGGUUUGUGAUUGUAUAUGUGGCUCAUUCUUAAAGUCAGAUGAAGUGAGCUGUCACAUGCCACCACAUAAACCUUUGCUUACACUCAGAAAGAAGGUCAUGAUUGGCUCUAUAUGAGGUAUUAUGAGAGCUCUGUCGUGGUCCUUGAGGACAGUGGUCUAUCUCAACUGGUGUCAUGGUACCAAGAAUAGAUUGGUUCAGGGCAACUACAAUCACUUAAUAAGCCUUAAAUAUAGCCAUUAUUUUUAUAUCAGCAGCACAAAAUAAAGCCAAAAGUCCUUAAUAAUUGACUAUCUUAUAUUUUAGUAGUUACUUUAAAAUCAGGAUAGAGUAGGCAUUAAGCUUUAUUAGGAAAAUUUAUUCCUGAUGAGAUGUUUCUUUACUUAUUAAAAGUGCAAUUUUUCAGUAUAAAUUGAUUUUUGUCGAUUUCACCAAUUUUUUUGUUUUUUAAAUUGAAAUAUAAAGUUGCGAUAUUUCACUAUUGCUACCCUGUGAAAAUAUGGAAGUAAAUUUAUACCCAUAUAGUAUUCACGAUACAUUUUAAGUUUGCAUCCUAGAGGUAAUGGACCACGAGGUAAUUGACCAGCAUCAUACAACAUGGACUAGGAACAAUGCUAGUAAUUGAACACAGGUUUGUCUGCUCCCAAACCACACCCUCUCCUAAACCUGCACAAUAUACAGAAUCGCUCACAUAUAUUUUUACUUUCUAACAUGCCAUAUGUGAAAAAUAAAUCAAAUAAUAUCAAAUCCUAAUAGCAUUUUUAGAAAAUAAAAAAAUAUGUAUUUUCACCCUGACAGUGACCCUUGUAAAUUUAUGAUUUUUUGGAAAUAGAAUAUUAUAAGUGUAACUCAAGUUUGUCAAAUUGUUAUACAUGUCAAAAUGAUUUGUUUAUUGUUGCUAAUAAUGAACUUGCGGACUCUCACUCUAUUUAUUUGUUAAUGCCUCCUUUUAACUGAGAGGCUUGAAGCAAGCAGAGCCUGUGUGUUACACUGACGUAACUAAAUAUCCGCUUAUGUGUAUUUGCUCUAAUAUGGGUAAUAAUAUGAAUGUGACAUGCACAAAUUGUCCUAUAAUUUUCAAAUACGUGUAUGUAGUAAACAUUGGUGUGGUAACUAUUAAAGUGGCCAUGUAUUUCAGUG